AUGCUGUUUGGAAACAAAUUUCUUUUGCUGCUAUGGCUCUCUGUCGAGGUUGCAUAUGCUUUAGUUCCCCCUCAUGGGGCCCUUCCUGUCCCUGCUAGACAAAGGAUCCAUGCUCGGUCCGUCACUGCUACUACUACUAACACUGUAGCUGCCACUGCCACAGCCACUCAUGCCGGCAUCAACCACAAGUCAGCCUGCAAGGCACGCAAAUCAUCAUCCAGUGGAUUCAAGUCAUCGUCCAAGUCGGCAACUAAGACGCACACUGCUCCACAAUGCUACAACUCCGCUGAUCCAGAUUCUGGCUCCGGCGACUGGUGUGUCUGCAGCUACAGCAGCGAUUACAUCUCAUUCACACCUAAAGCAAGCCAAACUUGCCCGGAGACUAUUCCUGCGAGUAUCUUGAGCUCCCUCUCGGCAACAUCCACCUCAGCCACGGGCCCUAUAACAGUCACUGCCAAACCGACAGGUUACUACCCAUAUACAAAGUGGGACCUCAAUGGCGCCGUAACUGCUUGUGAAGGAUCAUCCGUCGGUGAAGUGGCAGGCUACUCUGUCACAUACUGCUCUGGUAGCACUAGCAUGGUGAGCACUGCGAUUGCUUACUCGACCCAUAUCAACGUCAGCCCGAACAACAUUAUCAACUAUGGAAACUGGUCCGACUUCGAGUCCUCGGACUGGGAUAAAGACACCGACGCAUCCAGAACCAGUAAACUCUUCAGCGCCUUCUCGACUGCUCUGUCCACUCUCUGCCACGACUCGGCCUCAAGCACAGUCCUAAGCGUUACUGCCACCUCCUUCGACUUCGCUGCAGAAACGAUGUCCCUCAUCCCCACAACUACAACCAUGUACAUGUGCGCCGACGCCACCAAAACAGCCGAAAAAGUGCGGUUCAUCGAGGGUGACCAAUCCGACAAUGCAGAUCUCACAGUCACAGUUCCCUUCUCCCACUACGACAUGGCUGACCUGGACAAAUGGAUCAACCUGACAUCAUUCGCUCUAGUCGGCAACGCCAUGCAAACCGGGAACACAUUCCUUGCCAAGUAUAUGAUCUUUGAAGAACACGGCUCGAUUCAGAAUAAGAUUGUCGAGCACAAGGGUCCUUCCGGUAUUGAUCUAAGCUACUUUUCGAGUCUCGACACCAAUAUGGUUCUGCAACAGUUCCAGGUGCAGGUCGGCUUUAAGCUUGAAGAAUCUGAAUUCGAUUGCGCACUUAUGCAGAUUGCUGAAGCUUUCACAAUAGCUGUUGAUCUCUUUUUCCCUGAGCUUAGUGCAGAUCUUAUUCCAGAGGAGUCAACUCUGGAAACACUUUGUGAUUUAGCGUCGGGAUGA